AUGGAGUGCCCUGUAAUUGGUCCGCUGAGUCGUGCCGCUCAGCUGACAGGCUGGCAGACGCUGCUGCUGCACCUGCUGUGGGAGCGCGCCAAGGGGCAGGGAAGCUUCUGGGAAGCUUACAUAGCCAUGCUGCCAGAUGAACAGGAGAUGUCCCGUACACAUCCCAUCAUGCUCCCUGAUGACUGGCUCCGCUAUUGCCAUUCCCAGGAGAUGACAUCAGCACAUCGAGCCUCACCCUCUGCCUCGUCCCCUGGGCCGACUGCCUCAACCACAGCAGCACCAGCAGCACUGCUCUCUCUCGUCUCCCAUCUCUCACCUCCUCUUUCAUCCGUUCCUCCCUUUCCCUUCUUCCUCUUGUCUCCUGUUCCCAAGCCAUUCCCGGGUGGUAACAUCUCAACACUAGGCUGCAACCACAGCAGCACCAGCAGCACUGCGCUCUGCCUUCUCCCAUCUCUCUUCUCCCAUCUCUCUUCUCCCAUCUCUCUUCUCCCAUCUCUCUUCUCCCAUCUCUCUUCUCCCAUCUCUCUUCUCCCAUCUCUCUUCUCCCAUCUCUCUUCUCCCAUCUCUCUUCUCCCAUCUCUCUUCUCCCAUCUCUCUUCUCCCAUCUCUCUUCUCCCAUCUCUCUUCUCCCAUCUCUCUUCUCCCAUCUCUCUUCUCCCAUCUCUCUUCUCCCAUCUCUCUUCUCCCAUCUCUCUUCUCCCAUCUCUCUUCUCCCAUCUCUCUUCUCCCAUCUCUCUUCUCCCAUCUCUCUUCUCCCAUCUCUCUUCUCCCAUCUCUCUUCUCCCAUCUCUCUUCUCCUCUUCCUUCUUUCAUUUUCUCCCCCUUGCCCCUUGUGCCCCAGCCAUUAGUCGACCAUUCCCAGGAGAUGACAUCAGCACGCCAGGCCUCACCCUCUGCCUCGUUCCCUGGGCAGACUGUCUCAACCACAGCAGCACAGCCACCGUCCUCUCCCAUCAAGUCAUCUCUUCCUCUCUCUCCCACCUGCUCUCCCUCUUGCCCUCUGUGCCCCACCCCCAGCCAUUCCCAGGAGAUGACAUCAGCACGCCAGGCCUCACCCUCUGCCUCGUUCCCUGGGCAGACUGUCUCAACCACAGCAGCACUGCCACCGUCCUCUCCUGCCUAACCUACGACCCUGACUCCCGGACCGCCAGGCUCGGUGCGCACCGAGCCUACGCGCCAGGCUCGGAGGUGUUUGACUCGUACGGCCCGUGGCUGAGCCCCAGGCAGCUGUAUCUGGACCAUGGGUUUGUGGAUGAAGUGGUGUUUGAGGGGAUUCUGGCUUCUAACGAGACGACUCUUAACGAAGCAUUCCUUAGGGAAGUGGCAGGAAGGGAGGAGCGAGAGGAAGGGGAGCAGGAUGAAGGGGAGGAGGAUGAGGAGUGGGAGGGGGAUGAGAUGGAGGAAGUGGGAGCGGAAGUGGAGCAGGGCAGCUGGAUGGGGUUUACGGCCCACAUUGACCACGUGAUUGAGUUGCCUGCGAACACCUUGGGGAAAAUUAACAGCACUCUCAACGCGUCCCUGCUGGAGGCAGCAGGUCUCCCAAUUGGCCCCCCUCCCUCCUCCCACCUGUCCGCUUUCGACAGGCCCCCCUCCCACCUGUCUGCUGCUUUUGACAGGCCCCCCUCCCACCAUCGGGCCCCCCUCCCACCAUCGGGCCCCCCUCCCACCAUCGGGCCCCCCUCCCUCCAUCGGGCCCCCCUCCCUCCAUCGGGCCCCCCUCCCUCCAUCGGGCCCCCCUCCCUCCAUCGGGCCCCCCUCCCUCCAUCGGGCCCCCCUCCCUCCAUCGGGCCCCCCUCCCUGACUAGAGCAUGCUGGCAGGGAUGUUUUGAGAAUGCUGGCUCUGGUUAA